AUGGCUAGCUGCAAGGCAGGCUUCGUGUCCAUAUUAAACAAUGAUGACAAUCCAUCAUUCACAGUACGAUCAAGCCCCCGCCUGUCCAGGCACCACUCUACUUCAUCAUACCCUUAUCCGUCAGAGCCACGGCGAGAGGCAUCAAACUCAUACCAUCGCUAUGGGUACGCACAUUCAGACUCCUUCCCGGUGAACCGGCAACAGUUCGAUCCCGUAUCGGAAGCCGCGCAGCCUGCGUCCCCCGGAUCGUCUGACUGCUCUUAUGACUACAUGAGCACCGGAUCCGGUUAUUAUUAUCAGCCUAGUCGUCAGGAACUCAAUGUUUACCAAGCGCCGACAGCGGGAACCGCAACGACAACUGCUGAGAAAAGGCUCAGCGCCAACAGCGUGUCUGACCCUCCCUCUCCACCAGCAUCGAUCAGUGGAUCUAGAGAUGCAAUGGCAACCAAAGUAAACCGCAAGAACAAAUAUCCAUGCCCAUUUGCUGCUAGUCACAACUGUUCCGCUACCUUCACGACAUCAGGACAUGCGGCACGCCAUGGAAAGAAGCACACGGGCGAAAAAAGUGUACACUGCCCGAUUUGCAACAAGGCUUUCACCCGAAAGGACAAUAUGAAGCAGCACAUUCGAACCCAUCGGACACACUCUGAAGAUCGGCCAACGGGUGUGACGGAGAAGGACACUGAUGCAAGUAACCGGUGGCGCGUCAGGAGGGACAGCCCCUUGUACAACCACCACCGAUCCUCGAGCCAGACCCAAAUGGAUGGAAAUGCCUACGACAGCAUGACAACUAUGAGAUGA